CAGACACGCAAUUAUUCACUGCCGUAUCACUUCUCAUUCAUUACUUCCGGUAGCAAUAACCCUGUUUCUGAAUUAUCAGGAAAUCAUUUCCAAGUUUAUUUUCGCUAUUAUUAACUAAAAUUUCCUUUUGAAUAUUAUCCAGAGCUAUUACUGGUCCUCCCAUUACCAAAAAAUUCUACAAUUCCAUUAUAAGAACUAAACGAAAUACUAUUAGUACAUAAAUUGCAAUAAUUCCUCUGCAUAUCCAUUAUUCGCAUUGAGAAAGAUUUCUUCGGUCACAAAGAAUAUAUAUAUAUAUAUAUUAUUAUUAUUAUUAUAUAUCCUUUCAGAGGAUAUAGUCCAUUGCUGCAAAAUAAUAUGAAAUUACAUUGGAAUCAAAGGUGAAGAUAAAGCAUCUGUGAAGAAUCGUAACAAAUAGUUUGAUGUUUGGUAGGAAUACAUUGAAAAGUUGUGUUGGCAGUGUCAUUGUUCUCUCGUUGACAGCAAGUUUGACAUAUUGGCACUUCAGGACUCUCAUUCAUACAUUCCGACUACUUUGGCACAACAUUCAUGUUUUUCGCAUGGUUCAACGGUAUUAUCAUCUGCUAAAGAAGCUAUACAAAAUGGAUAAAACCUUCUUUUAUACAAGUCUGAAAUAUUUCUCCUGAAUUGAGAUUUGCAACGCUAUUUCUCUACUUCACUGAAUAUCUACAAAAUAAUUUUCAUUCUUUAUAUACAUGGAUAAAUUUACCCUGAAGAUAUAACUGGCUUCUCUGGAAAACAUUUUAUAUGUGGAUAUGUCAUGACAAAAAGUUUUCCUUUAGUUUUUGCUCCAUGUUACAAAGAAGGAUUCUGUCACACUAAGCUUUCUCACAAUAAUUAAAUCUGAAAUGAUGAUAUCUGAAUAAAAUUUACCAUGUAGGUAACUGUUUGCAGCAUCUUCAAAUAAGAUAACAGUUUAUGGCAAUAUAGUUGAAGAAAUAUUUGUUAGGCAUCAAAUAUAAAGACUACAGAACAAAAGGUAUUCAUAUAUUGUAUGAAAGAAAGAAAUGAUGGAAAACGAGCUUUGUGAGGAGACCCUGGUUAAAUAUAAAACACAAUACAAAAGGAUUGGUUUUCCCUAUGAGAUACUGAAACAGAUAGCAAAAGCAUCAUACUUCUGUGAUAUCUGUAAAAAGUCUUUCUCUAAAAAGAGUAACUUAACCAGACACAAACGUAUUCAUACAGGAGAGAAACCAUAUCACUGUGAUAUCUGUGGAAAAUCAUUCUCUCAAAGUACUGUCUUAAAAACUCACCAAAGUAUUCAUACAAGAGAUAAACCAUAUCAGUGUGAUAUCUGCGGUAAAUCAUUCUUUCGAAGGAGUUCAUUCAAUUCUCACAAACACGUUCAUACAGGAGAGAAAUCGAGUCGCAGUGAUAUCAGUGCAAAAUCAUUCUCUACAACAGUUAACUCGACUUCUCGCAAACACAUCCAUACAGGCGAGAGGCCAUUUCACUGUGAUAUUUGUGGCAAAUCGUUCGCUAUAGAACGUCAUUUAACUAUUCACAUGCGUAUUCAUACAGGAGAGAAACCAUAUCACUGCGAGAUUUGUGGUAGAUCAUUCUCUCAAGCAAAUCACUUGACUACUCAUGUACGAAUUCAUACUGGUGAGAAACCAUAUCACUGUGAUAUCUGUGGUAAAUCUUUCUCUGUAACAUGUAGCUUAACUAAACACAAACGCAUUCAUACAGGAGAGAAGCCAUAUCAUUGUGAUAUCUGUGGUAAAUCAUUCUCUAUAGACAGUCACUUAACCACGCACAAACGCAUUCAUACAGGAGAGAAGCCGUAUCUUUGUGAUGUCUGUGGUAAAUCGUUUUCUCGAAGGAGUUACUGGACCUCUCAUGAACGUAUUCAUUCAGGAGAUAAGCCAUACCACUGUGACAUCUGCAAUAAAUCUUUCUCACAAAGUGGUGACUUAAAUACUCAUAAACGUAUUCAUACAGGAGAUAAACCAUAUCACUGUGAUGUCUGUGGUAGAUCGUUCUGUCGAAGAAGUCACCUGACUACACACAAACUCAUACAUACAGGAGAUAAGCUUUAUCACUGUGACAUUUGUGGUGAAUUAUUCUCCGAAGAAAAUAAUUUAAAUACUCACAAAUGGAUUCAUACAGGGGAGAUACCAUAACACUAAUGUAUAGAAGAUCAUUCUCUCUUAACACAAAUGCAUUCUUACAGGUAACAAGCAAUAUCAUUGUUUCUAUACAGCUGUAAACAGACAAUAAUUAGCUCCUGUAACACCUUCUUUCAUAAUUUAGACAAUAUUGAAUAUGGAGAAUUAUUGUGAGAAUCUAAUAACAUUACAUCAUCAUCAUUUAAUGUCUGUUUUCCAUGCUAUAAUCUAAUAAUGUUACCUAAGCUAAUUAUAGUAUGUUGUUCACAGCUGUAUAGAAACUAAUAUUCAUUGAAUUAUUGAGGAUGGCACAAACAAUUCCCAAGUGACAAGGUUGACAAUUUGUCAAAACAUUUACCAAUGAAACAUCGCCAUAUCACUUAUAUCUAUUUUAAAUCAUUGUCACAGAAUACGAGUACAUUUUUCAUUGAAAUGAGUAACUAUAUUGAAAGAAAUACCUGAACUGACCCCAGAUAUAUUCACACAGGAGGGAAAAGAAUAUAUCAUUGCUAUUAUGUAAAACUGUCGUAUGUUCAAAGUUGGCCAAAUGUGUUUUUUUAUUUCAAUAUUUAUUUUUGCCUGCAAUAGCCGGUUCUUUUAGUCAAACUAUUGUAUCUCCAGCUGCUUCAGAUGCCAAGAUAUGAAAAAUUGUCAAAGUGUAGUUCAACGGUUUUUGCUAUGGAAUGGUGAAACUAUUUGUUUGUUUUCUGAAAAAGCAACGUUUUGGACUUAAAACACUUUUGCAUAAUAGCAACAAUAUUAAUAUUGAGAAAUUUUUUGAAAAAAUAUUUAUUUUUUAACAUUGUGAUUAAACAGUUGAGUAAUCUUAAAUUAAGGACUACAUUAUUGUGCAGUCAUGUUUUAAAUAAAAUAUAUACACCAUUUAUGAAAAUAUUUCAUCUUACCAUAUGAUGUAUGUAUGAGAUCUUGAAUUUGUAUGUAAAUAUAUCUUUUAUUUGUUACUGUCAUUAGACUGUGGCCAUACUGGAGCAUGACCUUGAAUGAAUUAACCCCAGUACUUUUUUCCGUAAAGCCUGGUACUUAUUCUAUUGGUCUCUUUUACUGAAUCGCUAAGUUAUGGGGGUGUAAAUACACCAACAUCUGUUGUCAAUCAGUUAUAGGGGGUAGGGACAAACAGACACACACACAUAGAUGUAUGUAUGUAUAAAUGACUGGUUUCUUUCAGUUUCCAUCUACCAAAUCCACUCACAAGGCUGUGGUAGAAAAUACUUGUCCAAGCUGUCAUGCAGUGGGACUGAACCUGGAAACUUGCUGGGAAGCAAACUUGUUACCAUACAGCCACACCUACCCCUAUAUAUAUAUAUAUAUAUAUAUAUAUAUAUAUAAAAAAUAGGAGAUGGAAUGUGUAAUAGACUUUAUUGGGUACAACAUGUGCUUCAACUUGUUCUGGUUCUCUUCAGGUAUAUCAAUAAAGUGUCUCACUGAAGAUCUCUUUGAGUCGGCUUAUGUAUUUAUUUAUUUAUUUUCUAUAUCUUUUAUGCUUUCUUUCAUCAUGUUAGUGUGAAAUUUAUAUAUCAUCAUCAUUUAACGACUGUUUUCUAUGCUGGCAUGGAUUGGAUAGUUUGACAGGAUCCAGCAAGCCAUUGGGCUGUGCCGAGCUCCAGUGUCAUCUUUGGCACAUUUUCCAUCUUAAUGCCAACCACCUUACAGUGAGCACUAGGUACUUUUUUCUCAUGCCACUUGCACUUGGGAGAUUUGCAAGUAAGUCGUGUGACAGGAAAGAGAAAAGCCCCCACUGACUAGAGGAAGGGAGAAGUGGCUUUACACCAGGUGCUGAGAGGAUAAAGUAUGAUUGAGGGAUAAGAACAGGUGUCUUGCUAUGGAGGGGAUAUGUAACUUCCCUACAUUAUAAAGCCGAGUAGUAGUAAUUAUGAAGAUAAAGAAGGCUGUUGUGAUGGUGGAAUGUAUUUGGAAAAUUUUAUCAUUUCUUAUAUUCAUAGUACAAGUCUAUUACAAUUUGAUGGUUGAGCUGGAUAUUAAUUUGUAUGCAUCAAUAUAUCUAUUGUGGUGCGUGGCUUAGUGAAUAAGGUGUUGGACUCAUGAGUAUAAGAUUGUGAUUUCGAUUCCUGGACUGGGCGACGCAUUGUGUUCUUGAGCAAAACGCUUCAUUCAUGUUGCUCCAGUCCACUCAGCUGGUAAAAGUGAGUAACCCUGUGACGGACUGGCAUCCUGUCCAGGUGGGGAAUAUAUACGCCAUUGAAACUGGGGAAGCCGACCCUCAUGAGCCUGACAUGGCACGAGAAGAAAACAUCAUCUCAGUAUAUUUAUCAACUUUUAUUUGCAAAUGCUGCAAAGUUCUUUACUACAGCUUAUCACCACCUUGUCUUGAUCUGUUGUCGUCUGAGCUGUGAGGCCCAAAAUCUCCAUAUUUGACCUCACCAAUCUAUAUGUGAAUAUUUUUAAUAAAGAAAUCAAUAUUUUUAGAAAGAUGUA